AUGGUCGAAUCAAAUUUUUCUGAACCUUCGCCGGAUUUUGUUUGCUUUUUCAUUACCGAAAUUCUUCCCGGAAAACCGAGGAAUACUGAAGCUUGUUGCUGUUGCUCAAAUCCGUUUGACGACCGAUUGUAUCAAUUUCCAGUGAAAACAGAUAUUUGCGGCUAUAAAUCUGGCUGGAAUGAGCUGAUGCCUAUUUCAGAAGAAGACAUGAUGAUAAUGGAAUGCACUGGCUGGAAUCAACAACAACUUUGGGCCGGAAUGAAGGAAGUUCAACGCGCUUUGGACAAGACUUAUUGGACUUCAAUCUUCUGUCGAUCCCUAUGGCUUGUCCUGUUUGUUGUUGGAUGGUAUUUCGCGAUUAAAGACAUGACUUCAAACUGA